UAAGACCAAGUCUCCAUCUCUCAUGAGGGCAUCACUUCUAAUUCAGACAGAAAGAUUCAUUUUAUACUGUAUCAAUAGGAUCUGCAUUUGUCCUUAAAGAAAUUAGGCAUUAUGAAAUGAAGCCUUGCUCUUUAGAAAAUUCUCAAUUACAUUUUUAUUGAUAAAGAAUGUGGAUGUUGCAAAGCUUCCAUAAUAUACUCAAGUACGCUGUCCAUAAGAAAUGCUGAAGUUGCACUAACAAUACUUUUGCUUUCUGCAUCAGAUGUGGAUCAGUGUAUGAAGUGUCCAGAGGACCAGUAUGCCAACACAGAGCAGAACCACUGCCUCCGCAAAGAUGUGACCUUUCUGGGCUUCGAUGAACCCUUGGGGAUGACUCUGUCCUGCAUGGCCUUAUUUUUGUCUGCAUUCACGGUUAUGGUUCUUGGGGUCUUUGUGAAAUACCAAGACACUCCCAUUGUGAAGGCCAAUAACCUCACUCUCAGCUACAUCCUGCUCAUCUCCCUCAUCUUCUGUUUCCUCUGUUCCUUGCUAUUCAUUGGCCAUCCCAACUCAGCUACCUGUGUCCUGCAGCAAAUAACAUAUGGUAUUUUAUUCACUGUAGCUGUUUCCACUGUGUUGGCCAAGACAAUUACUGUGGUUUUGGCUUUCAAAGUCACUUCUCCUGGAAGAAGGAUGAAGUGGCUCCUGGUAUCAGGGGUACCUAACUACAUCAUUCCCUUCUGCACCAUCAUCCAAAUUAUUCUCUGUGCAAUCUGGCUGGGAGUUUCUCCUCCCUCUGUUGACAUUGAUGCACACUCUGAGCAUGGCUACAUCAUCAUUGUGUGCAACAAGGGUUCAGUAACUGCUUUCUACUCUGUCUUGGGAUACCUGGGCUCUCUGGCCCUGGGGAGCUUCACUGUAGCUUUUUUGGCCAGGAAUCUCCCUGACACAUUCAAUGAAGCCAAAUUCUUGACAUUCAGCAUGCUGUUGUUCUGCAGUGUCUGGGUCACUUUUCUCCCUGUCUACCACAGCUCCAAGGGGAAGAUAAUGAUGGCUGUGGAGGUCUUCUCCAUCUUAGCCUCCAGUGCAGGCUUGCUGGGAUGCAUCUUUGUCCCCAAGUGCUACAUCAUUUUAAUAAGACCAGAGAGAAAUUCUCUUCAAAAGUUAAGAGAGAAAUCAUCUUCCAGAACUCCCAUUUCAUAAAUUUUAACUGACAACUAUAGUGUUGGAA